GUGCUCCCCAAGGAGCCCUCAGUCCAGCCCGAGGGACAGAGACUGGAGCUCCGUCUUGCAUCAGGCAGACACUCUCCGAUAACCUGGCCGGUGGCACCAUGAAGCAAGCGGGACGCGCAGCACUGCUGGUGGCGCUGCUGCUUCUGGCCCAGCUGCGUCCCGGGGGCAGCCAGUGGAGCCCGGCGGCUGCAGCUGGGACCGAGGUCCAGGACCCGAGUCUUCGAUGGAGCGCCGGGGCGCGGAACCAGGGUGGUGGGGCUCGCGCUCUUCUCUUGCUACUGGCAGAGCGCUUCCCGCGCCGCACUGGGCUCACCCGAUGGGGAUCCCGGACUGCAGGCGAGCGGCCGCGACGCGACGACCCUCCACUGUCCAUCGACCUCACAUUCCACCUGCUGCGGACCCUGCUGGAGCUGGCCCGGACGCAGAGUCAACGUGAGCGUGCGGAGCAAAACCGCAUCAUAUUCGACUCUGUGGGCAAGUGAUCCGCCCAGUCCCGGACUGCGAAAACCUUGACCCCUUCCCCCACCCCGAGGCUGAAAGGUGCGCGACCGGAACUAACCCAGUCCCGCGAUGCAGAGUGGCCCAGAGACGCUCUGAGCACCUCUGCUUGUCUAUUUUUUAAUAAAAGUGCUUAAGAGCCUUUGACUCCUGUCGUGGGGGCUCGGGCAAGCACAGCAGGGAAUCCGUGGGAGAGGCAGGAGAGGCCCCAAUCUUGAUGGGGAGAAGGUCAGGGAGAACUGUUUUCAGUCAAGUCUCUAGGGGUCCCAUUACCUCCCCCUCUCCCAAAUUCCUAAAUUCAGAGGUCCCGCAACCUCCACGCUACCCUCGACCCCAGGUCAUUGGGCUCACGAGUCCGCGUCGGGCAUCAGGGAGGUGCUCAAAUAGAGGUUCAUUUCAUUUUUGCCCCCCA